AUGAGGCGAGUGGCGUACUCCAUAGUGCUACUUUUGCCGAUUCUUUGCUACAUUGUAUUUGCUGAUGUUCCAUCUGAAAAAACAGAAGAAGUUAAAGAGUUGGAACUUGACGAACCCUUUCACUAUGAUAGCAACAUGACCGUGUCGCGAACGAAACGCCAAUUCCGAUGCCCUCCCAACUGCUUCUCCACAUGUACCAGCAACUAUCAAUGUCCCACGCCAUCCGUCUGUCUACAAGGCUGUUGUUGUCCGGAUAGCCCCGUCAACCUUGCAACUGCUUGUUCUGGCGGUCCUGCUGUAGCCGCCUGUCUUGGUGGGCUUUGCGGUCAAGGAUUCUUCUGCACAGUAAACAACUUCUGUUGCCGUUGUCAGUCAGGCAACUCAACAGGGCCUUGCGUCAAUCAACAGUGCCCAGUGGGUUACAUCUGCAAUACUAACAACUACUGUUGCCCCAUCGGCUCAGGAGGAGUUCUUGGACCUUGCGUUAAUGGACAAUGCCCACCUGGCUACACCUGUGGCGCUGGAAAUCUGUGCUAUCAGACAUCAGGAUAA